AUGGCCAAAGCCCUUCUCAGCCACUUCAACCCACUAAAGUUCAUGCUGGCCAGCCUGGGAGUCCCUGUGGAGCACCUCAUAGAAGGGUCCAAGAAGUGUUUGGCUGAGCUAGGCCCCAAGGCUAUGGGUGCCAUAAAGGCUUUGCUGGGUGUGGACUGUGUCCUGGAGGAUGGCUCAUUUACCCAGAGUAUUAUCUUCAUAUAA